CGCCGCCUCCUGCCUUCGCCGCCGGCGUCCCGGACUCCCCCGCCCCGCCGAGCGCGGUCUGGCUCCUGCAGCGGCCACUCUGCCCUUCGCGGCAGCCACCUGGGGAUCCGAGCAAGCGGAUGUCUUUGCCAAAAGGAGCCAUGGGUUGGCAUUUUCCCUUCUUCCUGUUGGCCUCCGUGACGUUGCCAUCCGUCUGCUCCCAGUUCAACCCUCUGUCUCUUGAGGAGCUAGGCUCCAACAUGGGAAUCCAAGUUUUCAAUCAGAUUGUCAAGUCACAACCUCAUGACAACAUCGUCAUUUCCCCGCAUGGGAUUGCGUCUGUCCUAGGGAUGCUGCAGCUCGGAGCGGAUGGCAAGACGAAGAAGCAGCUCACCACAGCCAUGAGAUACAGCGUGAACGGAGUCGGUAAAGUAUUAAAAAAGAUCAACAAGGCCAUCGUCUCCAAGAAGAAUAAAGACAUUGUGACGGUGGCCAAUGCCGUGUUUGUGAAGAAUGGCUUUAAGAUGGAAAUGCCUUUCGUCGCGCGGAACAAAGAUGUGUUCCGCUGUGAAGUUCGCAACAUGAACUUCGGGGACCCAGCCUCCGCCUGUGAUUCCGUCAACACAUGGGUGAAGAAUGAAACCCGGGGUAUGAUUGACUCACUACUGACCCCAGAUCUCAUCGACGGCAUGCUCACCCGACUGGUGCUGGUCAACGCCGUGUAUUUUAAGGGCUUGUGGAAAUCGCGGUUUCAGCCAGAAAAUACCAAGAAGCGCACGUUUGUAGCUGGCGAUGGGAAAUCCUAUCAAGUGCCGAUGCUGGCCCAGCUGUCUGUCUUCCGAUGCGGUUCCACCAGCACCCCCAAUGACCUAUGGUACAACUUCAUCGAGCUGCCCUACCACGGAGAGAGCAUCAGCAUGCUGAUUGCUCUGCCCACCGAGAGCUCCACCCCCCUGUCGGCCAUCAUCCCCCACAUCAGCACCAAGACCAUCGACAGCUGGAUGGGUAUGAUGGUGCCCAAGAGGGUGCAGGUGAUUCUGCCCAAGUUCACAGCAGUAGCACAAACAGACUUGAAGGAGCCGCUGAAAGCUCUUGGCAUUACCGAGAUGUUUGAUCCUUCAAAGGCAAAUUUUGCAAAAAUAACAAGGUCAGAAAACCUUCAUGUUUCUCACAUCUUGCAGAAAGCAAAGAUUGAAGUCAGUGAAGAUGGAACCAAAGCCUCCGCCGCAACAACUGCGAUUCUAAUUGCUAGAUCAUCACCUCCCUGGUUUAUAGUGGACAGACCCUUCCUAUUUUUCAUUCGACACAAUCCAACAGGUGCUGUCUUAUUCAUGGGGCAAAUAAACAAGCCCUGACGAGUAUACAGACGAACCCUUGCAAAGCGCCGACAACUUUGCUACGAAGACAACUCCUUUCUACAUCUCUCAUAGUUUUGUUAAAUAUUUUUGUACAUGACUUUCUUUUUCAAAACUAGUUCUUAGCAACAGACUCAGUGAUGUAAGCCAUCCUGUUCUCAGAGGUAUUGGAAGGAUAAGAGGCAGACGGACGCAACGCUGUGCUGAGGAGUGAAUGGAAGGGCUUUGCCUAGAGGAUUCUCGAAACUACUGAAUGGUCACCUAGCUUAACAACACUCCUGAGUGUUUGUUAGCUGUUCAGUUCAGGAUUUUUCCUUUGUUUCUGCUUAUUUGUGUGGGUUUUCAAAAGAAAUUUAAUCAGUGUGCCAGGAAAAAAAAAUAAAUAAAUACGGACAUUUUACGGUAGCUUUCACUUUUGUAUGGGAAUAAAUAAUUAUUUACCUUUUUAAUUCCUUUUCCCCACCUCCAUCCAACGUCUUGAUAGCAAGCAUUAUUUGGGGGGUAGAAAUAGCAAGAACUCUAGCCUCUCUGUGUGUUUUUGUUGUUGCUGCUGUUGUUUUAUAUAAUGCAUGUAUUCACUAAAAUAAAAGUUUAAAAAAACUAAUGUCUUGCCAGACAAGGUUUGCUGUCGUGCAGUGUGCCUGUCACUGUUGGCCUGUACUCUUUGGAUCUGCAUUUUUUGUAUUUUGUACAAAGUAAAAAUAAAGUGUUAUGGGUAGUUUAAAAGA